AUGUCGCCUGUACAGUUCGAAGGCGCCGCGAAUAACGACCCGGGUGCCGACGAUCGCGAGUUGAGCAACCAAAUCUCGAAACCAACAAAGCGUCAACGAUGGGCAACAACGCGAAUGGGAACUGCCAGUGGGGUGCGAAAACGAGUCUCUAUCAUGGAUCGCUUGCACCGGCGCUCGCAUUUGAACGAUGAGAAGCGCAAGUCGGCUGCGGCAAAUUCAUCCAACGGAGGCGAUACCUCAGCUGAUCAUGAGGAAAAGGGUCCCAACCGUCGUGUUUACUUCAACGUCCCUGUCCCGGAAUCUGAACGCGAUGAGGACGGCUUCCCAAAUAACAACUACCCCAGAAACAAGAUUCGCACGGCGAAAUACUCCCCGAUUACCUUUGUUCCCAUGAACAUUUGGUUUCAGUUCCAUAACAUUGCCAACAUUUAUUUCCUGUUUGUCAUUAUUCUCAACAUUCCGUCCAUUUUCGGUGCCAACAACCCCGGUCUUAACGCUGUCCCUCUGAUUGUCAUCGUCGUGGUAACCGCCAUUAAAGAUGCCAUCGAGGAUUGGCGGCGUACUGUACUCGAUAACGAGUUGAAUAAUUCGCCGGUGUAUCGUUUAAUUGACUGGAGUAAUGUUAAUUCGACCGAGGACAACGUCUCGCUGUGGCGACGUAUCAAAAAGGCAUCUACUCGUGCGACGGUUACCACAUACAGAUUCUGCAGGGAUUUCAUCAACGAAAAGAGGGGCAUUCAGCCCAAAAGGGAGGAUGGGAUAGACGACUCUUUUACGGAUACUGUCGAUCCGCGGGCUUCAGUAUACACCCAGCGCGAUCUUGGUCUUUCCAAUCGCGACCAAGGUCUGGACGAUGCCGCCAUUCAGAUGACCCCUGUUCCGUCGCCCACGCCAGAUGCACGUCCAGAUUGGCCCAUGUCCAACGGAGAUAGUAGCAAAUUCCUUCAUCCCGACAAGGCCGCCCGUGAUCCAAGUCCUUCCCCAGCUCCUUCGGCCGCGACACCCCCUCGAAAAGGCGGCAGUGUUCUCGACACGGCCAAGCAAACUCCGGAGACAGCUCGUUUCAAACGGGAUUACUGGAAAAGCGUUCAGGUUGGAGACUUCAUUCGAUUGUACAAUGGAGACCCGGUGCCUGCCGAUCUUGUUGUGUUGUCAACCUCUGACAUGGAUGGUGCAUGCUACGUUGAGACCAAGAACUUGGAUGGUGAGACCAAUUUGAAAGUGCGCCAGGCCCUGAACUGCGGCCGUCAAGUCCGACACGCCAGGGAUUGCGAAAAGGCCGAGUUCACCAUCGAAAGCGAGGCCCCGACCGCUAAUCUGUACUCGUACAAUGCUUCUAUCCGCUGGGAUCAGCGUGACCCGGAUUUCCUUGACGCGCCUCGCAAGGAGAUGGUUGAGCCCAUCACGAUCAACAAUAUGCUACUCCGCGGUUGCUCCCUUCGCAACACCGAAUGGAUUCUAGGCGUGGUCGUUUUCACUGGAUCCGAGACCAAGAUCAUGCUGAACUCUGGUGUCACACCAACUAAGCGGGCGCGACUUGCCAAAGAUCUGAACUGGAACGUCAUCUACAACUUCAUCAUCCUGUUUCUCAUGUGCUUGGUCAUGGGUAUCGUGAACGGUGUUGCUUGGGCUUCCAGCAAUAAGUCGCUUAAUUACUUUGAUUACUCGCCGCCCGGAGACACUGCUCCCCCGGUUACUGGUAUCGUCACUUUCUGGGUCGCUGUCGUUCUCUUUCAAAACUUGGUACCCAUCUCGCUCUACAUCUCGCUGGAAAUCGUUCGUACUGUCCAGGCUGUGUUCAUCCACUGCGACGUUUUUAUGUACUACGACAAGCUGGAAAUGGCGUGCGUUCCCAAGUCUUGGAACAUUUCCGAUGACGUUGGACAGAUCGAAUAUAUUUUUUCUGACAAGACCGGUACAUUGACUCAGAAUGUCAUGGAAUUCAAGAAGUGUACCAUCAAUGGAGUUUCAUACGGUGAAGCAUACACGGAAGCCCAGGCUGGUAUGAAACGCCGGGAAGGUGGCGACGCGGAAAUAGAGGCCGCUCAAGCCCAGGAGAAGAUCGCUGCCGAUACCGUUAAGAUGCUUGAGAUGCUUCGCGGGGUCCAUGACAACCCGUACUUGCGGGAUGAGAACCUGACUUUCGUCUCGCCCCACUUCGUUUCGGACCUAGAAGGUCAAUCCGGCAAAAGGCAAAAGGCGCUUGUUGAGCAUUUCAUGGUUGCCCUGGCUGUGUGCCAUACUGUUAUUACGGAACAAACCCCAGGCGACCCGCCGCAGAUUGAGUUCAAGGCGCAGUCUCCCGACGAGGCUGCUCUGGUGAGCGCUGCUCGUGAUUGCGGUUUCACUGUCAUUGGCCGAGCCGGUGAUGAUUUGAUUGUCAACGUCAUGGGUGAAGAACGGACGUACUCGGUUAUGAACACUCUUGAGUUCAACUCGUCGCGAAAGCGUAUGAGUGCGAUUGUCCGGAUGCCAGAUGGCUCGAUUCGACUUUUCUGCAAGGGUGCAGACAGCAUCAUCUACUCACGGUUGGCACCUGGGAAACAACAUGAAUUGCGACAAAAGACCUCCGAUCAGCUUGAGAUGUUUGCUCGAGAAGGAUUGCGAACUCUCUGUAUCGCAGAUCGGGAGCUUAGCGAAGAGGAGUACCAGACCUGGAGCCGCGAACACGACAUUGCAGCAGCGGCUCUUACCGACCGUGAGGAGAAGCUUGAACAGGUAUCCAGUGCCAUUGAGCAGGAACUCAUGCUUAUCGGUGGUACUGCAAUUGAGGAUCGACUUCAAGACGGUGUGCCCGAUACCAUCUCGUUGCUGGCAGAUGCGGGUAUCAAAUUAUGGGUUUUGACCGGCGACAAGGUCGAGACGGCUAUUAACAUUGGAUACUCCUGCAACCUUUUGAACAACAAUAUGGAGUUGAUCGUGUUCAAUAUCCCCGAAUCUAAACCGGAACAGGCCGCACAAGAGCUGGCCAAUCACUUGCAGAAGUUUGGCUUAACAGGAUCCGACGAAGAACUCAUGGCUGCCCGUGGGGAGCACGCACCACCACCACCGACGCAUGCUGUUGUGAUUGACGGUGACACGCUCAAGCUCAUGCUCACCGACGAAUUGAAGCAAAAGUUCUUGUUGCUGUGCAAGCAGUGUCGGUCGGUUCUCUGCUGUCGAGUCAGUCCUGCCCAAAAGGCGGCCGUUGUGAAGCUGGUCAAGAAUGGUCUCAACAUCAUGGCUUUGUCAAUUGGUGACGGUGCCAAUGAUGUUGCCAUGAUUCAGGAGGCAGACGUCGGUGUCGGUAUUGCUGGUGAAGAAGGUCGGCAAGCAGCCAUGUCAUCUGACUAUGCCAUCGGACAAUUCCGAUUCCUUCAACGGCUCAUUUUGGUUCAUGGAAGAUACUCUUAUCGUCGUAUGGGUGAGACCAUUGCCAACUUCUUCUACAAGAACUUGGUUUGGACGUUUGCCCUCUUCUGGUACUGUAUCUACAACGACUUCGACGGUUCCUACCUGUUCGAUUACACCUAUAUUGUCUUGGUCAACGUUGCUUUCACUUCGUUGCCUGUGAUCUUCAUGGGAAUUCUGGAUCAAGAUGUCGAUGACAGGGUGUCAUUGGCCGUGCCUCAAUUGUACAUGAGAGGUAUCGAGCGGAAGGAAUGGUCGCAGCUCAAGUUCUGGUUGUAUAUGGGUGACGGUCUCUAUCAGUCGAUCAUCUGCUACUACAUGCCGUAUCUGUUGUAUAAGCCCGCGAAUUUCAUCACCGCAAACGGUUUGAACGUCAACGACCGAACUCGUAUGGGUGUUCUGGUUGCCUCCGCUGCCGUUAUCGCCAGUAACACCUACGUUAUCAUGAAUACCUACCGCUGGGAUUGGUUGACUGUGUUGAUCAACGUUAUCAGUUCUGUCCUGAUCUUCUUCUGGACUGGUGUCUAUUCUUCCUUCACUGCCGCAGGGACGUUCUAUCAUUCGGCAGCGGAAGUAUAUGGCACCUUGUCCUUCUGGGUGGUUCUUCUUAUUACCGUCCUAAUCUGUCUUCUCCCUCGUUUCACCGUCAAGUCGAUCCAGAAGGUUUUCUUCCCUUACGAUGUGGAUAUUGUCCGUGAAUGGGUUACCAUGGGUAAAUUCAAGUACCUGGAAGAAAACGAAAACGAGACGUACGUGCCUCCUUCUGUUGCACCUGGCUCUGGGGAUACUUCCGCAACAUCUUCGGACUUGGGGAAACCAAUUGAGCCUUCUAUGAAACAAGAUCCCUUUUCAGACGAUCACCAAGCCAUGUAUCCGCCAUCUGUUACACGUGCCACUCACAUGCGGAGCCAGAACGGGAGUAACGGAACGAAUUAUACAGAUAGCCUUGAUCAUGUACAACACCAUACUCAGCCGAUGGACUUCGUUCAUCCUGCACAGACACGCCAUUCAUUCGACAGAGAUCUACCGAGUUAUGAAGCCACGAACGACUUCUCGACCGCAGGCGCUCAUUAUCAACAGGUCCCACACGGUCCUCCUUUACAUGUCGUAUAG